CGGCCGCGCGGGGCGGCGCCGGAACGGAGCGGAGCGGGGCGGGGAGCGAUGGCGGCGGCCGAGCGGGGUUCGGCCGUGCUGGAGCUGCCCCGCACGCCGCGCCUGGUGUGCGUGGAGUACCCGGGGCUGGUGCGGGACGUCGGAGCCAUGCUGCGGACGCUGGGAGGAGAGCAGGGGGUGUCGCGGAUCUACGCAGACCCUACCAAAAGGCUGGAGCUGUAUUUCCGCCCCAAGGACCCUUACUGCCAUCCCGUCUGCGCCAAUCGCUUCCCCACCUCCACCAUGCUGCUCAAGGUCAAGAGGAGGACCAAGAAGAAGAAGCAGCUGGACAGCGGAGAAGAAAUCCAGCCAGAAGUCCAGUUUGAAAUGGAGAUUGUUGGGACUGUCACCACCGUUUACAAAUUUCAAGGAAUGUCAGAUUUCCAGUACCUGGCGAUGCACUCUGGUCCUGAUGGCAAACAAACCUCCAUGUAUGACAAAGUCCUGAUGCUCAAGCCAGAGAAGGAAGAGUUUUUCAAUGGAGAAUUACCUCUCUACAUCCCACCCCCAAUUUUCUCACGACUGGACACUCCCGUUGACUAUUUUUAUCGGCCGGAUAUACAACACCGGGAGGGAUACAACAAUCCCCAGGUGACUGGUGAGAACCUCAUUGGCCUCAGCAGGGCCCGUCGCUCACACAAUGCUAUCUUUGUGAACUUUGAUGAUGAAGAAAUCCCAACUAAACCCCUGGAUGCUGCUGUACAGACCUGGAAGAAGUUGUGCACCAACUCUGUGGAUAAAAAGGUGGAGGAAGAGCUGAGGAAGCUCUUUGAAGUCCGUCCUGUCUGGUCUCGGAAUGCAGUAAAAGCCAAUAUCAGUGUCCACCCAGACAAGCUGAAACUUCUGUUGCCGUAUUUGGCCUAUUACAUGUUAACAGGUCCUUGGAGAAGCUUAUGGGUUAGGUUUGGCUAUGACCCCAGAAAACACCCUGAAGCAAAGAUUUAUCAAGUGCUGGACUUCCGAAUUCGCUGUGGAAUGAAAUAUGGUUACGCCUCCAACGACAUGCCUGUGAAAGCAAAACGCAGCACGUAUAACUACAGUCUGCCCAUCACUGUCAAGAAGCCAGUAAGUCAUACAGUCAGCGUACAUGAUCUGAAACAGGGGCUUGGUACGUCUGGUGCAUCCGGUGCAAAAAAGUCUGCCUCCAGCAUGUAUAAACUGAAGGAAUCUGUCUACAUUUUCCAAGAAGGAGCCUUACCCCCUUAUCGGCAGAUGUUCUACCAGCUCUGUGACUUGAACGUGGAAAGCCUACAGAAAAUUAUCCAUCGGAAUGAUGGCACAGAGUCAGAAUGCACAGAGCGGGAUGGGUGGUGCCUUCCAAAGACCAGUGAUGAUCUGCGAGACAGCAUGUCCCUGAUGAUAAAGCAGAUAAUCAGAUCUGCAAGACCUGCUCUUUUCUCAAGUACAACAAGCAGCGAAGAUGGCAAAGAGCAGCUGACAUACGACUCUGGAGAGGAUGAGGAUGACGAAGAGGAGGAGGAAGAGGACUUCAAGCCUUCUGAUGGGAGUGAAAAUGAAAUGGAGACAGAAAUUCUGGACUAUGUGUGAACUCGGUGAGCAGUCUGGCUGCUGUUGGAUGGAAUCAUCUCUGCUCGCGUUCCUCGAGUGCUGAGGGUUCAGCAGCAACUUGUACUAAGAUGCCGACAAUCUCUCUGCACAGGCUGCCGUGCCUGCUGGUGGCUGCCAUUCUGGAUGUUUGGGAGCUCUUGCUUACAUUUUCAUAAUUCCUGGCUAAUAAACCCUCAAGCAAGCUCAACAAACUGCUGAGAAAGAGCCCAGAAUCCAAGCCAGCUGUUACUACACCAGAAAAGAGGAGAAAUUGCAUUCCCAAAUCUCUCCCUGUGUAGGCUUGACCCUGUGUAAGAUAGGAAAGGUGCUGAGGUGCUGGAGAAACACUCCCGUGCUCCUGGAGUCCCUGAGGCAGGUGCUGCCCUUUUGCUGGCCUAAGGGGAGUGAAAAUUGUGCCAUGACUUCAGCAUUGGGACUCGCUGGUGAUCUUGGAAACAAAGCCAGCAGGAAAACCCACUUUCUGGCAGUGAAUAAUUCCCACAUUUAUGCAGCAGGACAGUGUGCUGGUCCCACAACUCCCAGGUUCAAAUGAACACGGUUCAUUUGAAAAUCAAACACUGGUAUCUUAGUUCAAACACAGAACAAAGCUCCGCUCAGCUGAGUUAAUGUAAGGUACAAACAAUAAACCAAGUGCUGCCUCCUCCACAGCCAGCUCCGCUCCUUUUUCUCCAGGAACACGCCAGAAUUUUGGGGAAGGAGUUCAGGAUGACCCCCGCCCUGGGGGCAGAGACAUUUGAGCAUCAGUAUUUUAUUGCAAAGACUAAUUACAUUGCUGUGUACAAGUCACACCGGGCGGUGUGCUCCUUCAUUGAAGUGGUACAAAAUACAUAUGGUACAGCCGGUCCCUCUGGUGACACUGGGCUGCUGGGGGACACUGGUGGGAGGGGAAGGGAAGGUGCGGGCAGGAGCUGGCAGGUAUGAAGCAGAGGGAAGACCCUGGGGUGCUGGAAAACAAAGGCAGGCGCUGGGCUUUGGGCAGGGGGGAGGCAGGAGGCUGCCCCUGCGUCAGGGAGCCAGGGGCUCCCAUCAUGUGCAGUGAUGGGUGAUGCCGCCCGAGGGGACACGGGGCUGGGAGAUCCCCAGGUGCCACCCAGGCCCUUCUCCUGGAGCUGGGGAAGGUGCUGCACUCACCUGGCAGCACAGCACCCACAGACAGGGAACAGAAAGGAACAAAGCGCUUAAAAAAAAACAACAGAUGGAACCAGAAGCAAAAAAAGGUCCCCCUUCGGUUAGUGUUUCCUACAAUGAUUAAAACAAGUAUCUCUGCUGCUGCUCGGGUGAGUAGUGGUAUAGGAGGAAGGGAGGGGGUGGCCGGUGGGGUCUGUGCCCCACGAGCACAACAGAGUGAUGCUGCUGCUGCCAAUGUCCCUCCCAGCAGCGUUAAACACCAGGGUGGGGAGUGGAGAGGGACUGGGCUGCAGGGCAGGGGGAGGCUGGAUUAGUAAAAUGUACAAGUUCGUCUCUUCUAUUUACAACCAAUAAAUAUUGAAAAAAAAAAAAAAA